CAUCAUUAUAUAAAUAAUCAGGAAAUCAUAAUUAUGAUUCUAGAUGAUAAUUGUGUGGUUCACAAUUAUCCUCUAAUCCUAUGAAGCUUAGUUUUUCUCCUAUAAAUAGGAGGCUUCUCCAUUGUAAUUAACACACCAUUACAACACCAUUAUCACACUCUUAAUAAUAUAAUCUAUCACUAAGUGUUCAUACUAUAUUUCUCUCCUUGAUCUUCUGCUUAUUUCCUUCCAUAUUAUAACACGUUAUCGGCACGAAUUUGCUCCAAAUCUUCAAAAUCAUCAUCUUCCCAGCAGGUAUAUACUUUCUGGAAUUUAUUAAUUCAUGUGAAAAGAAAAUCAGAGAUUGAGAAGUAUAACAUGUUUAUAUAUAUUCAAAACUAUAAGAAGUAUAAGAAGUAUGCUCUAUGGUAGCCCAACAAUUGGGAUCCUCCAUAUCAGAAAAUUAUAGCUAUAUUUUAUAUAAAAGAGGCCGAAGAGGAAGAAAGACAUACCUUUAUACUAAUAUGUUCUUGAGAUAAAAUAUGCUCUGAAAUCUGAACUUUUGCUUGGGAAGAAUGUUUGACAGCAUAUAUCAGAGAUUUUCAUGUAUAUAUGAUAAUAUGAACGUACAUAUUGUACUAAAUACAUACAUAUGAACUAAAUCCGUAUGAAUAUAAGAAGAGCAUGAGCUCAUCAAUCUCAUGAAUCCAUCAACUAAUAUACUACGUAGUAGAUAGUAUUAGUUUUCUUUUCCUCUCUUCAACAUUUGAUAGUAGCAUAAAUACAAUCUACUCCCUCCGUCCCAGAAUUAACUUCGGUUUUGACUGGGCACGGAGAUUAAGAAAGUGGGAAAUGUGUGGUGGAGAGGUGUGCAGAGGAGAGAGAAAUGUGUAAGAAUGGUUGUGAACCACAAAUUCUUUGCUAAAAAGGGAAAAGGGAGAUAAAUUUGGGACGGACCAAAAAAGAAAGAAUGAAGAUAAUUAUGGGACGGAGGGAGUAUUUUUAUAUCUUCAUAGACUAUAAAAAAAGGGAACUCGAUAUGAAGUACUCUGUAAAAAAAAAGGAGAGACGGUGAGGGGAAAUUAGUACGUUGUUUGCUUUAUAUUCGAACAUCAUCAUACAAACUAAUUCAUUGAAUUGAUGUAUAAAUAAAACUAGCUGGUAAGUCACGGACCAUACAAGUAGAUAAGAGCAUUUAUUUUUACUUGUCUUCUUCCUUUGAGAAGACACUUACAUAAUUGAUAUAAUAAAUACGGAGUACAUCGUAGUAUAUCUCUCUAUAAAACCAACUACUCCGUAUUUCACAUGGGUGUACUAACACUCAGGGGUGGAGACAGGGGGUGGCUGGCGGGGGCCAUGGCCCCUGCAAGAAAAAAAUUGUGAUGUAUAUAUAUAUGUAUAAAUAUUUAUAAGUAGUAAAAAUAUAGUGAAAAUUUAAGUUUAGGCCUCUGCUAUAUAAAUUCUUUAAGCCCCGGCCCCUAUAACAUGUAAAUCCUGGCUCCGCCACUGCUAACACUACCACAUCUCUUUGUACGUCAUGAUAUUAUGCGUUGGGUUGACACAACAAAUAUCCAGGUUUCGUGUAAAUUGCAUGUAUUUGCUACUUAGGGGUGAGAUAAACAAACUGGACAAAUAAACGGUCUUAUCUAAAUGGCCAGACACUCAUAAAGCACUGACAAUUUUCUGGAGUCAUGGGUUGUUUAUUUUUACUAGCACCAGUAGUCCAGUACCACAUAUAUUGAUAUACUCCGUAUAUCAUAGUGCCUUCAUAUAUACUCGGUACAUAAUAUACAUACAUCUUAUGGAGAUCUAUUGAGCUAUUCAGUUAUCCAUCUCAAGGAUUGGUUUAAUGUUUUUUUUUUAAAUUCAUUACAUAUAUACAUAGAGAGAAUAUAAUAUCUCCCCCUUAUCGUACUAAAAUGGGUCCUCAAUGAAGGCUGGGAAUUUAUGUUGGUUUUAAAUCACCCUCAAUUAUUAAUUAUCUAGAACCUAUGACCGGUGACUUAUUCACCGCGCGGUUCGAUGACUGUCAUUUUGAUGAGACAGUAUUCUCAUCCUUAGGGGGAGAUAUUAAAGAAAUGGACCCACGUACGAAAGAUAUUAAUUGGAAUGCAACAAAUUUAUCUUUUCUUGAUUCUCGUACAAAUGCUUGUGAACAAGAAAUUCAAAAGAUUAUUCAUUUACAAAAUGUUGCAAACCAAUUGCCUGAUGCUUUCACAGACUCAAAGAAAGUGACAAAGUCACAUGUUCCAGCUAUGAAUGCUCCUUCUCGAAUAGAAAUUCAUGCGUAGAUUAGCGAAAGAACACUUGCUAAUGAAUCUAUGAUACGUAAAAAACGUGGUAGACCACUUGGUUCAAGAGAUUUGAAACCAAGAAAAUUUAAACAGCAAGUUGUAGUUUGUGAUGCCAAAGAAGUUCAACCUUCUCAAGAAGAAAAUGAAAAUUUUGAAAAUAUCGGCCUUGAAGAUAGCAUCAACAAUAAUGAUACCUCAAAAGAGGAUCCAAUCACCUUCGAAGAGGUAAAUAUUCCAGAUAAAGAUAGAAACGUCGAUAAUUUGUAAAUUUCAAUUAAUUACGUUUCUAAUGGAAUAGAAAUGAUAUUGAUGCUGAUGAUAUAUUUUCAUAUGCCAUCGCCACAGAUAUAAUGAAUGAACACGAUGACAAUGAGCCUAAAUCUAUUGACGAAUGUCGUCGUAGAAAUGAUUGGCCAAAAUGGAAUGAAGCAAUUCAGGUAGAAUUAAAAUCGCUAGAAAAGCGUAAUGUUUUUGGACCAAUUGUCCAGACGCCAAAAGGCGUAAAACCUGUCGGUUUUAAAUGGGUUUUUGUGCGUAAACGCAACGAGAAAAAUGAAAUCGUUAGAUACAAAGCCCGACUUGUUGCCCAAGGUUUUUCUCAAAUGCCAGGAAUCGAUUAUGAUGAGACGUAUUCUCCAGUAGUUGAUGCUACAACUUUAAGAUUUUUAAUUAGCAUGUCUGUUUUUGAAAGGCUGCAAAUGCGCCUCAUGGAUGUGGUGACCGCAUAUUUAUACAGUUCACUCGAUACAGACAUAUAUAUGAGAAUUCCUGGAGGCUUUAAAAUACCUGAUGCUUAUAGCUCGAAAUCUCGAGAUUUAUUUUCCAUAAAAUUGCAAAAGUCAUUAUAUGGAUUAAAACAAUCUGGACGCAUGUGGUAUAACCGUCUCAGUGAAUAUUUGAUUAAAGAAGGGUAUAAAAAUGAUCCUAUUAGUCCAUGUGUUUUCAUUCAGCGAUCCGAAUCAGGAUUCGCCAUAAUUGCAGUAUAUGUUGAUGAUUUGAAUAUAAUCGGAACUCCUAAUGAAAUUGAAAAUACUGCAAAAUAUCUCAUGAAAGAAUUUGAAAUGAAAGACCUUGGGAGAACAAAAUUUUGUCUCGGUAUUCAAAUUGAACAUUUGAGAAAUGGUAUUUUUAUCCACCAAUCAAAUUAUACCGAGAAACUUUUGAAGCGAUUUUACAUGGAUAAAGCACAUCCGCUCAAUUCUCCAAUGGUGGUUCGAUCUCUCAAUGUGCAUGAUGAUCCUUUCCGACCUUGUGAAGAUGAUGAAGAAAUCCUUGGUCCCGAAAUACCAUAUUUGAGUGCUAUUGGAGCAUUAAUGUAUUUGGCUAAUAAUACUCGACCAGAUAUUGCUUUUUCUGUAAAUUUAUUAGCCAGGUACAGUUCUUCCCCAACAAGAAGGCAUUGGAAUGGUGCCAAACAUAUAUUCUGAUAUCUCAAUGGUACAAUCGAUCUUGGAUUGUAUUUCAAGAAUGGUGCAAAUGCCACUUUAAUUGGCUACGCGGAUGCAGGAUACUUGUCUGAUCCACAAAAGGCAAAAUCACAAACAGGAUAUUUAUUCACCUAUGGUGAUACCGCUAUAUCAUGGAGAUCAAUGAAGCAAACAUUAACUGCAACAUCAUCAAAUCAUGCAGAAUUAAUUGCUCUUUAUGAAGCAGGUCGUGAGUGUGUCUGGUUGAGAUCAAUGAUCCAGCACAUACAAAAUGAAUGCGGUAUAAAAUCUUUUACUUCUAAUCCUACUGUGAUUUAUGAAGAUAAUACAGCAUGUAUAGCUCAGAUCAAAGGAGGUUACAUCAAAGGGGACAAAACAAAGCAUAUAGCACCAAAACUUUUCUCCACACAUGAUCUUGAGAAUAACAGAACGGUUGAUGUCAAACAAAUCAAGUCAUGCGACAACCCUGCUGAUUUGUUCACAAAGUCAUUGGCACCGAAGAAAUUUGAAGAACUGGUCCAUAAAAUUGGAAUGUAUCGUCUUCGAGAUAUAUGUUAAAUUGAGGGGGAGUAAUAUAAUGCACUGCACUCUUUUUCCCUUCGUCAGGUUUUUAUCUCACUGAGUUUUUCUUGACAAAGGUUUUUAACGAGACAGUACAUUAUAAUACUAUGAAACUAAUACCCCAGAAUAAUUAGAAGAUGACCAUUCAAGGGGGAGUGUUGAAAUAUUAUUGAAUUAGUCAUCUUCCAACUAUUCCUGAUUAGGAAUUAUUAUCAUCAUUAUAUAAAUAAUCAGGAAAUCAUAAUUAUGAUUCUAGAUGAUAAUUGUGUGGUUCACAAUUAUCCUCUAAUAUGAAGCUUAGUUUUUCUCCUAUAAAUAGGAGGCUUCUCCAUUGUAAUUAACACACCAUUACAACACCAUUACAACACCAUUAUCACACUCUUA